AUGUCCGCUUCAAUCUUAAUGAUAAUUACUACGAUCCUUUUGGUUUUAGUAGCCAUUGCAAAUGCCUCGAAUGUAACCCCACUUUCGAUUAAACUCUCACUUACUGACACUGAAGGUGAGAUGCAAGUCACCUGGUUUACUUUGGAUUUUCCAUCCUCUCCAUGUGUCCAAUUCGACAACAAGGGAUUCAACCCAUCAGAAGUUACUGGCAACAUCAUUACCGGUAGAAUUGUCGAAUUCACCCAGAAACUCUGGUCUGGAUACACUUCCAUUGCUGUCAUUUCACCAUUAGCAGCCCAACAAACCUACUACUAUGCAGUCGGUAAUAAGGAGACCGGUGUAUGGAGUGUAUUAUACAACUUUACUACCUCAACUUUCCCAAAUACUAACUCACAAGUUACUCCAUUCAGUUUCGUAACUUAUGGGGAUAUGGGUGCAGUUGUGGACAACUCAACUGUCCGCAAUAUUGUUAAGACUUUGGAUCAAUUCCAAUUUGCCUUACAUGUUGGUGAUAUUGCUUAUGCUGAUCUCCAAGAUGGUGAUGAGGGUAUAUAUGGUAACCAAACUAUUUGGAAUGAAUUCUUGGAAGAGAUAACACCAAUCUCUGCCACCAUUCCAUAUAUGACUUGUCCAGGCAACCACGAUAUCUUCAAUGGUAACAAUUCAAACUACCAAAACACCUUCAUGAUGCCCACGGGAUCUGACAAUGGAGACUGGUACUCAUUCGAUUUCAAUGGUGUUCACUUUGUUGGAAUUUCCUCAGAGACUGACUAUUCACCAUCAUCUGAGCAAGUGAUUUGGCUCACCAACGAACUCCAAACCUACCGUAAUUCGAACCCCGAUGGAUGGUUGAUUGUUUUCGCUCAUCGUCCACUCUACUGUACUUCAAAUCUUGACUGGUGUAUGAACGAUACAAACAGAAUAAGUUUAAUUAAUUCUCUAGAAGAUUUGUUUUAUAAAUAUAAUGUUAACUUCUUUAUUGGAGGUCACUCACACGAAUACGAAAGAAUGUUACCUGUCUACAAAUCACAAGUCUAUGGUAGCAAUGCCAAUCCACAAGCAACUGUCUAUGUUGUUAUUGGUACUGCUGGUUGUCAAGAAGGUUUGAAUACUGGUUUCCAACCACUACCAGUAUAUUCAUCCGGUGUUCGUUUACUCGAAACUGGUUAUGCCAAAGUUAGCUUCUUGGAUUCCUAUCACAUGCAAUGGCAAUUCAUUCAAGACAAAACUGACACCGUCUUAGAUUCAGUUUUCCACAAGCAACUCCACAAUCUCGUAUGGACUAUUGCAAUAUUAGUUAAUCAAACCUAA